AACAUAAUAUACUUAUAUUAUUGCGUGCUUGAUAUAGUGCUAUAUCUACAUUAUAUAGAUAGGCAUAUGAAAAGGCCUUUUCAAUCUCUCCUUUAUUGUCAUGCCAGGUGACAAGUGCUUUUGGAAAAACUAAUAUUACAUUUUAACUAUUCAAACAAACCGUGAAAGGAAUAAAACGAAAAAACAAAUACAGCUGUCAUAACUGAUUCAAAUCAUAUUAGCCUUUUACCGUCCACUGCUGAACAUAAGCCUCCCCUUGGAUUGGUUUUAUCAGUAAUUACCACGCUUGGCAGUCGAAUUGGCAACCGCAGUCAGGCAUUAGAGAUGUUUUAAGAGGGACGCUGCUGUCCAUCCCUUGUCCUCCCUUAGUUUCUUACGACUCUUACGGGAAAGGAAGGGGUAGCCUAUUAUAUGCCGGGACCACACGGCCAAUUGAUUCAAAUAAAUAAAUUUAAAAAAAAGUAUAUAAUUUUCUAAUCAACAUGUUCGGCCGUAAAUUGAAAAAACAAGUGACUUCAUUAAACACCGAAAAGGUCAAGAAUUACACCCAUUUUGUAGAGACGCCGCUGAAAAUAGCGGGCUGUUGGGAUUGGUUUCCCAACUCGGCCAAUGAUUAUUGCACGAUAAUUAACAACUUUUACCUGUGUAUGGUGCUAUUUCUGCUGACCAAUGUCCCGGCUACGUUGUUUGUCAAUUUAUACACCGAAUGGGGAGAUAUUAUGUUGUCCCUGCAUAAAGUAUCAGAUUGCUUUCCGUUUUUUGUGUCCAUAAUCAUCGUCAGUUAUUUCGGUGUGUAUAAAUCAGAAUUGUAUGAAUUAGUAAACUAUAUGAAUGGACAUUUUGAGUAUUAUUCGGCGUAUGGCUUAACAAACAUGACAAUGUUGAAAAGCUACGAGACGGCAAAACAUUUUGCUUACAUUUACACUGCUUGCACCAUGUUCAGUGUAAUUAUCUAUGUUAUACCAGAUGUUAUCAACUUAUUCAAAGGGGAACCUUUGGAACAUUGGAUCUAUUUGGACGCGAGCGGACCACCGUUUUCCGAAAUUGUCGUCCUACGACAGUGUUUCGCCCAGGUUCUUAUGGGGCUUGCUAUAGGCCAGUUGGGAGUAUUUUUCGCUUCGAACGCUAUACUUUUGUGUGGUCAAUUGGACCUUCUGUGCUGCUGUCUCCGCAAUGUACGGUACACAGCGAUGCUUCGGAACGGUGUUCAACACUCGGCACUUGCGGCUGCUCACUCGGACAUAAGGACUGAUGAAUUAUAUAAUUAUAUAUAUAACAGACCCGAGAUGAAACCAUCAUUGUACAAUUUUGACCAGAAAGUAAAUACAAGUUUCAUGGACAAAACAACACGAUUUGAUAUAUACAGCAGCGAAUACGACACAGCUACGAGCGCCGCUCUCAGUGAAUGCGCCCGAGUCUAUCAGAUUGUUUAUACUUUUAAGGAAAAAUUCGAGGUAUUCAUAUCUCCGCUGCUUGUGCUGAGAGUCGUUCAAGUGACUCUAUAUCUUUGUACUUUAUUAUACGAGGCAACUUCGAAGUUCGAUAUGGUAACAGCGGAAUAUUUAUCCGCUGCCGCGUUGGAUAUUUUUGUGUAUUGUUACUAUGGAAACCAAAUUAUAACGCAGGCGGAGCGUGUACCUACAGCGGCUUAUCAAUGUGCUUGGCAUACGAUGGGCGUGCAGCCGCGAAGGAUGCUCGUCAACAUGCUACUGGCCACCCAGAGGGCCGUUGUCGUCCGCGCCGGCAGAUUCCUGCGCAUGGACCUCCACACCUAUGUCAAUAUAAUCAAGACCUCAUUCUCAUAUUAUACAUUAUUAGUGAACGUGAAUGAAAAGAAUUGAAUAAUGGAGGAAGAACUGAAGCCUAUUCUAUCAAGAAAUUACCAGAGGGAGACUUUGUACAAAAGUCGUUUGCUUGGGUGCCUACAUGUGUCCUAUUCGUGUUUCUACCGUAAAGCGUGGCUGUGUUUUGGUCUGAAAGGUGGAAUAUGGUAGUGAAUUUACAUGAUAUGGAGUAAUAACACCUGAGUCCUCAGGAAUGGCAACGCAUGGGAGGUAUCAUGGGCGGAACAGUAUACUCUGUUAUGUCCAUGGUACAACUGUAUGUACAUGGAAUGAGCUUAAUUGAUAAAAUUUCUUUAAAUAUUGUUGUUAAUGAAAUUGUUACACUUAGUUCUAAAUUUCAUGACUGUAUCUUGUGGAAACAAAAGAGGGGUAAAGAGGUUUCUUCAGGGUCAGCAACAGUAUUGCAGGCUACGGUAAUCGCUUACCAUCAGGUGGGUUGUAUGUUUGUUCGCCGCCUGAAUGGUAUAAAAAAAAAAACAAUUAAGAAACGACAAGGUAUUUGUAGUUGAUUUUUACAAAUUUUGUAUACUCUUUUUUAUUAAGUUUGUAUACUUUGUAAUUUAAUCAGAAUUAUUUUUACAUUAAAUAGAUUCAAAAUAAAAAAAAAAAAAAAUAGGAAGUAUAUUUUAAUACGUAGAUAGUCCUUAACUUAAUAAAAAUAUAUAGAAACAAGUACAUAUACAUAUAUGUAUAGUAGUAAGCAAAUUAAAAUAAUGGACUUAAAUUUAUUGGAUUAGAGAGAGAGAGAGAAAUAUUUACAAUGUUUAACAUUCGACAAUGGAAAUUAUAUAAUUAUAAAUCACUUUAUACAAAUUAAGAAAUUUUAUAAGACUGUGCUGAGUUUUAUUAUUAUUUAUUGUUUAAUUUUUUUUUUUGUUUAUAUUUUGACAUUAACAAAUAAUUAAUCAACAUUUGAAGAGAGAAUUAGGGAUACCAAAGAUUUAUUCAAUUUAAUAUUUAUUUUAUAAAAAAUGUAUUAUGUGUAUUAAUGUAAUAAUACUAACAACCCAGAAUAUAUAAUAAUAGUACUUUAGUAUUAUCUGAGGGCCUACCAUGAAAUGUGUUUCGAAAUUUGAGAGCCAAACGAAAUACAAGUUUAAUGUUGAAAUUACAUAAUACACACUGUUUAAAAUUAUUUUUAUUAUUUAUUUAUUCAACAAAACAUUCACAUUAAAAUUUUUAUCUCACGCAAAUAGUUCAGGGAUAUAGUGUUGGCUUAAUUACUGGUUACUAUUGAAACUUCUUUGUGGCCAUAGUGUAAAUUUAAGUCUGGCCACAUAUAUAAUGUUGAUAUUAUUUUUUUAUAUGGUUUUUGUUUCUAUUCAAAUGGUUGUCUCGUCUUGUAUUUACACGUAUUAUAUAUAUUGUUGUUCUUAAGAAUAUUACUUUUAACUGUGACCCCAUACAGUUACCAUGGUUUACAUUAAUUUUUCUAAAGAAAUAAUUUAUUUAUUCCAACCAAAAUAACAUAAAAAGCUAUCAUGCAUAAAUAUGUAGGUAAGCUUAAAUAUAUGCUUGUUCACUUCAUAUUAAAGAGGUGAUUAUUUAUUUAUUUUUUAUUAAAAUGAUUCAGAACGGCAGAUUUAAAUGUAUUGAAAUUUGCAAAUAUGUUAAUGUCUGAACUUUUUGCCAUAACAUUAUCAUUAUUUUGCAUUCUGUUAAAUAUAGAAAGUGUUCCAGAUGAGAUCUGAAUAGAUUUUUUGAAAAUAGAUAAUAUUUUUUACUAUGAGGUAAUAUUGAAGUAUCGUUUCUUUGGACUUUUAUGAUAGGGUAUAUGACGAACAAAACAAAUAAGCUCCAUUUACUGGGCUGAUUACGGUAUGACUGAAAACACGAAGUUGAGUACGAAAAUUCGGAAAUUCAUUUCAUGGUAGACUCCCCUGGGUUGUUAAUGUGUACUUAAUACGAAGUAUUUUUUUAGUACUGCUUUGUUUUAUUUUUAUUGUAAAUUUUGUUUUUUUUUUUUUAUUUUUUUCCAUUCAGGCGAAAAAGAACAGAGCCAAGUCUAAAUUUAAAUCUGAUCCCACAAAAUAUCGUGAACAGUAUAUACGUGUUAGAAAUCACUGUAAUAAGGUGUGUAGAGAAGCUCAACGACGCCACUUUCAUAAAUCUGUC